AUGCAUCUGUUCGGCACCGUCGCUGUUGCGGCGGCCCUUCUCCCGUCAGUCUUGGCAACCAACGGCACUGGGAAGUAUCCCUAUGGUUCUACCAUCAGCAGGUGGACCGUUGUGCCCGUCACGGACCGCUCCUCAAAGCUGGCACCUUCGGAUACGUCCAUCAAGUCUACUCCGGUGGAGACCGCCAAGUCGACCGACAGCUCCAAGACGCACGCUUCCAGUUCGCUUACCACCUCGCGCAAGACAGUGUUCACUCCCUCCAGUGCAGCAAACACAAUGAACACGGCAUCAACUGCGUAUCUUCAAACCUCUACCACCAUCUCCACCACCAAGUAUGAGACCGCCACCAAGACCGUCGUCUCGACCAUUACAUCUUGCCCUGCUUCGGCCUCGGGCUGCACAGUCGGCUCGGUCGUGACGGCCAUUGCCACUGCUGUUGCCAGCCAGGUUGUCACCAUCGACCAGCCUUCCAGGAUCACCACCACCCCCGUCUCGCUCCGUGACGUUAUCCAGGUCAACGUCACCGUCAGCGUCCCGGACAGGUUCGUCAUUGUGGGAGGUGGAGCCGUCUACUUCCCCGGCCUGUGCGAUGCGUGCGGCCACUUCCGCGUCAUCUUUGAGAGCCCUGCGCUGCUCGAGUACCGCAUCGAGCCCUGCGCACCCGAGGAACGCAACACCGCCAUUGUCAAGGUCAACGGCGAGUACCGCUAUCUCGGCUGCAGUGGCGACGAGUGCAACAAGAUGAUCAUCGGCGUCGACGGCGUUUGCCGCAUCGCCGUGUGCGCCGGCAAUGAGUGCAAGAAGAACCUCGUCUGCCAAGACGGCAAGCAGUGCCAGUUUGACGCCUGCGGUCAUGAGUGCUUCGAGGUCCGAGUUUGCGCCGAGGCCAAGUGCGAGACUCCUGCUCGCCCGGCCCCCCCCCCGGCCCCCGCUGCCGCCCCCAGCAACUCCGUGGUCAGCCCGGAGAUCUCUGCCGCCAUCGAGGCCAAGGUGGUCAUCUCGGGUCAGGGCAGCGUCACGGGCCUCAUCAGCGCUGUUGCCGAGGCCAAGAUAUCCGUUAAAAGCGGUGCCGGCGCCGACGUCUCUUCCAAGGCCGCUGCUUCCAUCAAGUGCAGCGGCAAGGGACCCGGAGCCGGCCCCGCCCCUUCUGCCGUCCCGGCCGCUCCUGCUCCUGCUCCAGGACACAAGGAAGCUCCCGCAUCCAUCCCGAAGGAAGCCCCUGCUUCGGGCCCCAAAGAAGCUCCCGUUUCUGGUCCCAAGGCAGCUCCCGCCUCUGGUCCCAAGGAAGCCUCUGCUUCGGGCCCCAAGGAAUCUCCCGCCUCUGGCUCCAAGGGAGCCCCUGCCUCGGGCUCCAAGGAAGCCUCUGCUUCGGGCCCCAAGGAAGCCUCUGCCUCCGCUGCCAAGGAGGCUGAGAAGGCCCCUGCCACUCCCCACAAGAUUGCCGACGUCCAGGCUUCCGCAUCUACCACCGCCAAGCUCGUCACUGUCGAGCCAAACACUCCCAAGGGCGAGGCUCCGGCCUCGGGCGCCGGGUCCAAGCCCGCCAACGGCCAGGCUCCCAAUUCCAGCGCUGUUCCCCAGCCACCCGUCAAGCCCCAGGACCAGGGCCCCAAGAAGGAGCAGCCUCAGCCCUCCACCAACGCCCUGACUGCCGCCGCUGGCAAGUUUGCCGUCAGCUCCCACCUCCUCGGGGCCUUUGUUGGUCUGGCUCUCGUCUUUUAG